CCCUCCCACAAGCAACCAACUGUCAAUGAGCCACUGUUAGUUGUCCUGCUCAGCUAUUGGUUAGCACUGCAGUGGGCCCUGCCCACAGCUAACUGUCAAUGAGGGACCACUGAGGAAAUAAUGAAGUCAAGGGCCAGUGGUGUGGUGAUCAUCAGCUGGACAGUGAGAGGCUACUCUUUAGAGUGUACAUUUGCCACAUUGAUGAUGCACUCUCACCAACACUGUGGGAAAUGGCAGAAAAUUACUUGGAUUUCAUGUCAGACUAAAAGAAAAAUCCAGAGUAAGCCUUCUCAAUUAAGAAAAGGAUCUGGUUUCAGAGGUGAUCUGUAUAGGUGGCUGAGACACAGAACACCUGGAGCAGAUGCCUUGCCAUCAGUAUGGAAGCUACAAGCUGAGAGGAGCAGAGCCAAAUGCUCCAGCCAGGAGAUGGAUGGACUCCAGAAGAAGACUGGACAACUUGAAUGGUAUUGGUAAUGUUCUAUUUAGCAUUGUACCACUGCUCAUUUGUGCAUUUUUUUCAUAACUUACUUAUUUUGAUAGCUACAUUUCGAAUAUCAUAUAAUGCAAAGUUAAGGCAAAAACUAAAGGAAAAUCUCUACAGCCUUUUACAAUAAACUAUAACAAAACACACACACAAUACAAUUACUCAUUCAUUCACUGUAGGUUUCUAGAGAAGGUUUUACAUGGCAGCCCCUGUAAAAUCUAUACAUAUAUGGACACAUGUAUCAUAUUCAUACAUAGAUAGUAAAAACAUUUUUAAAAAAAAGCAAGCAUGCUUGGUGUUAUGCUUAGUAGGGUUAAAAUGGGGAAAGUCCAGUUAAAUCAACAUCAAACGAUCUUUUUAAAUUAAUUGCAUGUAUAAUGGUACAUAUUUCACCCCCCCAUAUGAUGUAUGUAAUUUGCUGAAUAAAUUAUACUGACAUACCAUCAUAAUGUUAACUUCUACUUCAUUCCUGUAAACAGCAGAAAGUCAUAAUUUCUUGAGUAAGAUCCUUAUAACAAUACCUAAAAACUAAAUAGUGAUAUAGCAUACCUUAAUCUUAACUCUUUGCACUAACCCUUGCCCAAAUCAUAACCCUAAUUUUGAACUGAAUGCUAAUAAAAAAUAUAAUACCUACAUAAGAACAUGUGGAAUGCAGCUACAGCCAUGCUUGCAGGGACUCUAUUAAUAUUAAGCAAAUUGAACCCACAAUUAAACCAUUUUUCUUCUCAUUUGUUAUUGCCUCCCAACUCUGCUUUCUACUUCUAUACUCUGCUUUCUGCUCCUGGGAUUCUGCAUAUGACACUUCUAUUUUCACAUCUGGCUCCAUUUUACCCUCUGAAGACAGAGCAUGGGAGAGAAAGACAGCAAAGUUAGAGAAGGAGAAAAGGACUCCUU